AUGCAAAAUGAAACGUUUGAAAGUGUUGAAAAAGCCCUUAGCAGGUUCUACAGGGAGAACUGUAAGAAGGACUUCAAAUGCAAAGAUUACACUGAAGACAAAAGAAAUUCAGCAGUAUGUUACUUACUGGAAUGUCUGGAUGGGGAGGAACCUGAGUGUGUCUCCAAUGUCUCAUACAGUCUAGCUGAGGUGGAGUUGGUCAGUUUGAAAGGMUUCAAGUGUCUGGUURMAGAUGCAUUCAAUCACAAAUAUAAUUCAUUACAAGAAGUCAGAGAACAAGAUAAAGAAUGUGAUGAUGUUUUUGUUGAUGCAGUGCGAUGCCAAAAAGCAACUACACUUGAUAAAAAAACUCCAACAAUAUAUACAACCACGUUACCCACCAUAAAUUACAAAACAUCAUUGAUCCCACCCAAAAUGUCAUCAUCAACAGCAACAACAACAACACCACCACCAGCAUCAUCAUUAACAUCGUCAACAAUAUCAAACAGCAGCAACAUGGAGUCACAAGAGCAGCGAUUACAAAGGAAGGUCAUAUCAGUCAGUACGUUGUUAGCUAUCUCUCUGAUAGCUAAUAUCAUCCUUCUCUUGGGUGUUGUCUACUUGUGGACCCGGGGGAAACGCCAGCAUGAAGGCAUGUCCCCUGCAAUGCCUGAACUGACAUUAUUGAAUGCAGUAGAGGUACAUAUUCUGAUGCGCAGGUAAUAUUCUCAGAAUGCCACGGCUUGGUGACUGAUGACUUGGGGAACUAAUCAAUCGAACCCAAGAGCGUUUGGAUAUGCAUGUAGUCAACAAAGUCUCUCUCUCUCUCUGUCUCUAUGUCGCUCUCUCUCUCUCAGAACGGCAACAGAGAUGCUCUGCAGCACUGACCCCUUUCAGAGGAAUAAUCCAUCUCUCUUCCAUCUGCCGCCAUUUUCCCCUCGCUUUCCCAGACGAAAAUUGACAAAUAUAUGAGCCAGAGAAAUGGAGCUAACAGUCCUGCCUCUCUGUCGCUCUCGCUCUCAUACACACGCUUCACACGCUUCACACCUCAGCCCUUCACACAGGGCUGAGGCCACAACUCUUCUUCUCCUGCCACUGGCAUUCUGGAGAUACUGUUGAAUAAGAGACUUCAGAAUAAAAGCAUUUGGACUUCAUAAUAAAAGCCUAUGAACAUCAUAAUAAA